CCAAACAUUAGAGUAGAGACGUAGAGUAUUAUUGGUGUUUAGUGUUUACUUCAUCUUCCUCAAAUUUCUCAAUUCCGUUAAACUCAGUAACUAAAUUCCGUGAUAAACAUAAACGUUUUUUUGGUUUUUCUCUCUCCUCUUAGCGAACCUCCCGCCUCCUGUCUCAAUCUUUUUCUCUCUCUAAAAAAAUUUGGGGUUUUUUGCAAUUUCUCUCUCCUCAAACCUCCAUUAAACCCCGCCAAAUUAAAACCUCCAUUGAAGGAGGAAGAGAAGAGUGAGAGAAAUGGGAGCUCUUGCUCUUCCUUCGCCUUGGAUUCCUGAAGAUGACCUUAGGCUUAAGAAUGCAAUCGAGGCUGGUGCUUCCUUGGAAUCACUAGCGAAGGGUGCCGUGCAAUUUUCACGGAGAUUUACUAUUAAGGAAUUGCAAGAUAGGUGGCUUGCUCUUCUUUACGAUCCUAUUAUAUCGACGAGAGCUGCUGAACAAAUGGUGGAGUUAGAACGUUCUUCAUCGAAUCUUGCUUCAAAAUCUAACAGAGCUGAUAAUACGAAAGGAGCUAAAAAUGCCCAUGGGAAGAGGAGGGCUGAAAGUGUACGUAGAUGUUAUUAUGCUAUGAGGAAAAGAAUAUGCAAUGAGCCUCAUAACCAGGGUGAUUUGGCUUUUCUCGUUGGAACUAGUGAUAGUUGUUUUAUGAAUGGGGCUGAAGCUCCAGUCCCAGACGACAUACUUGGAGAUCCAAUGGCUGGUCAUUUUGGGCUCGGGGAAUAUGAACAUGUUGAUUUUGAUGAGUUGCGUAAUGAAUUUCCUCAAGUCACGAGAGGUGGUGCUCCAUCUUGUGGGGCUAGUGAGUUUCCCACUCAGCAACAUAAUACAUUUGAAGAUCAUAUGGAGCAUAACACUUUGCUACUGCAUAAUGCGUCUUCCAAAGAACUUCCUGGUCAUAGUAUGUUUGAAGGAAACAAUAUUCAAGUAAAUCCUGAUUGCAAUCGUAAAGACAUCAUGUGUUCUGGUUUUGAAGGAAACACAACCUUUAAUCUAUCUAUACCUGAGAGUGAAGCUCAAUAUCAUUUGCAGUACACAUCUCCACCCCCUGCAAUGCCUGAUUGGAAACCAAUUGAUGGCAUGUCAGUGCCAGAAAUGCCUGAUGAUAUAAGCAUUAGGGGAAAAAAUAUACACAUAGGAGAUCCUUUUGUUAACGAUGAUGCUGGAGGAACAUCUGAGUAUGGUGUUAUGCACACAGAUCCCGAUUUGACCAAUCAAUUACCAGGUGAUGACUUGGAAAAUCCGGGAGGUUGCACUGAGGGCAUUUUUGCAGACUUUGAAUUCACAAGUGAUGUGUUAAAUCUACUCUUGUUAGACUCCCCUAACGAUGUUAAUGAAGAUGACAGAUUGCCCAAUGUGUUUGAAACGAAAGAGUCAUCUGCUACAGACGUAUAUAUUGAUAUCCCGAGUAAUACAGGUCCAUUUGAAAAAAAUGAUGUUGAUUCUCACAUGGGUGGCAGUAAUUUUCAAAAUAGUUUAGAAACUCAAAUGCCUACAUCAACUGCAUAUGUCAACUCUGAGUUCCCGGAAUAUUGUAAUGGUGUUAUUUGCUGCGUAUUAAACACCGAGGAUCCUGAAAUUCCAUGUAACGACCAUAUUGUUUUUCCUAGUAAGCCACGGUCAGCAUCUUCCAGUAGAAGAACUCAGAGUGAGGCUUAUAACCUAUCAUUACAUGGUAAGGAUAGCACUGGCACUCAAUCUAGUGCAAAAGGUCUAAGCACAAUGAAGAGAGAACAGAAACGGUUUGGUGAAUCACGUCAAGCUUCUCAGACACGAGGUCUUGAUGUGGGACAUAAUCGUGCUGUUAAUGAGCCUGGGGUUAAAUUUGAGACAUCUAGGCCUGAAACAUUUAAUGGCCCCAGGAGUUCUAGUAGUGGCCCUGGAGCUCCAUGUCAAAGUAGUCAGGGAGUAAAGAACGAACCUUUAGAACUUCCAUUGUCUAGACAGCCUGGCUGCAGUGUUGCUGAGAAAUCAAGUCAUCUCUCAGAUGUGGGCCAUAUACACACUGCUAUUGGGGGAACUUCUCAGGAUGGCCAGACAUCACUGGCCCUUAAAAACCAGGAAUCACACACCCUGGGAUCUGCGGAUGGUAUGGCUGCAGAACCUGGUAUAGAUUCAUUAUUAUCUGACCCUGAAGAGCUAUUCUCCGAGAGUGAUACUGACAUUCCUUAUUUUUCUGAUGUUGAAGCAAUGAUACUUGAUAUGGACUUGGGUCCAGAAGAUCAGGAUUUUUUCUGCAGUAAAGAAGUUGCAAAAUAUCAGCAUGAGGAUGUGAAGAGGGCGAUCAUAAGGUUGGAGCAAAAUGCACAUUCAUAUAUGCAGAGAGCCAUAUCAUCACAUGGUGCAAUUGCAAUAUUAUAUGGUCGGCACUCGAAGCAUUACAUUAAGAAACCUGAGGUCUUGCUUGGAAGAGCAACAGGGGAUGUUAUGGUUGACAUUGACUUAGGCAGAGAAGGGCGUGCAAAUAAGAUAUCAAGGCGACAGGCAAUUAUAAAGAUGGACAAAGAUGGAGCUUUUAAUAUAAAGAAUACUGGAAAAUGUUCAAUCUAUGUAAAUAGCAAGGAAGUCUUCCCUGGGCAAAGUCUUGGUCUGCACUCAAAUUGCUUGAUUGAGAUUAGGGGAAUGCCAUUCAUAUUUGAGACAAGCCAGACUCGAGUAAAGCAAUAUUUGGAUAAUGCUACCCGGAAACUUGAGGACAAGAAGGUGAAUAUCUAAAGAGUUUGAUGACCACUGGAGGUGCUUGUUUUACUGCACUUUCUUGGUUUAUAUUUUUUACUUUAGCCUCUUAGGUCUUUGUAUCUACCCUGCUGACUGCGUAGAGGAUUAGGUGAUGUUUAGAAGUAGGCCUGUAAAUUGUAUGCUUAACUUGAAAUAGUAGGAUAACUAUCAAAAGUCAUUGUCUUCAUUCAAAUCCUCCAUUUUUUGCUACUGCUGCCCCACGUUCAAAGUGAAAUUAGAUUUAUUAAAUCACAAUGGAUUAUCCUUCUUUGUAUCUAUAAACCAGAAGGCUAAAGAGCGUGAUGUUGUGGUCUGGUUGUAUUUGAACUCUAUGGAAGUAUGGAUAUGGUCUUGGUUCACUGUGA